AAUCGAUCUACUAUCUCUCGCUUGACAUUGACCUCGACCCAGUCGGCGAGCUCAUACAAGAACUUGUAGGUGAUAAAAUGACUCAAUCCGCCUUACCACCGCCGCAAGGUGUCUAUGUCCCUGCCGUACUUUUCUUCGAUCAAAACGAAGAGUUUGACAUAGAGGCCAUCAAAGCCCAUGUCCUGCGUCUUGCCCAAGGCGGAGUAACUGGUGUCUUGGUACAAGGUAGCAAUGGAGAGGCGCAACAUCUGUCUCACGAUGAGCGCAAGCAAACUAUCGCUCUCACGAGAGAAACCUUGGAUGCCAAUGAUUUCCAGAACGUCAUUAUCAUUGCUGGUACUGGAGGUCAAUCUACCAAGGAGACGAAGAAGUUAUGUGCAGACGCGAAAGAGGCUGGCGCUGCAUAUGCGCUAGUGUUGACGCCUGGAGUUUGGCCGCCCCAGAUGACCAAACCGAACAUCAUCCGAUUUCAUCGUGAGGUAGCAGAUGCCUCACCCAUACCAACGAUGAUCUACAACUUUCCCACAGUCACCGCAGGUCUUAACCUUGAUUCGGAUACGAUUGGGACCCUUGCUACGCACCCAAAUAUCGUAGGCACCAAGCUUUCUUGCGGCGACAUUGGAAAGUUGCAGCGCCUGACUUCCACCGUUCCCGCUUCUGAGUUCGCGACAUUCCCAGGGAAGUCUGAUGUCUUCCUCCAAGGUCUUGUUUCAGGCAGCGCUGGAGUUAUUGGUGCCCUGCCAAACGUCGCACCCAAGGCUCACUUGAGGUUGUUGAAACUAUACAAGGAGGGUAAGUUCGAAGAGGCAGCUAAGCUCCAGGCUUUACUCGGACAUGCCGACUGGCAGCUGGGAAACGUCGGAAGCAUUGCUGGUAUAAAGGCUGUCGUUUCGAAGCAUUUUGGUUACGGUAAACCAUUUGUCCGAGGGCCCCUUGGACCAGCGAACUUGGAUGCGUUCACUAUAGAUAAGCUGGAAGAAUUGAUCGAGUUAGAGAAAACUCUGUAGACCAUACCCGUACGAUGAUACCUAGGACUCUCGGAUUAGAAUGAUAUGGUUGUAUGUUCGCCUCAAAUGCUAUCUUUGGAUGUUUCUCCUGCGUACCAUAUUCGUGUCGCGAGUAGCAAAGAGAUCACAAACGAAGAAAAGGAUAUAUGCAGAUUCGGCGUACUGUCAAUAUAAAUCUGAGACGUAA